ACGAAACUUGGCAUUACUUUAUUAGUCAUUGCAAAUUUGCUCAUUCGGAAAUCAUAAAUUUAUAUUAUUGUAUUUGGGAAGUAAAUAAUAUUAAAAAAUUAAGGAUUUUUAAUAAGUUUAAAAGAAAACAUUUCCUAAAGGAAUCGAUAAUUAUAGUAUCAAAAGUAAAUAUUGGAGAAUGGAGUUACCAGCUUGUCCACCAUCGUUAAAGCAGAUACAGCACUUUUUAAAGUUGGCUCAAGAACAUGAUUCCAGAGACAUCAUAGUCGCAUAUUGGUCAAGACUCUAUGCUUUACAAGUAGGUCUUAAAAUAACCACCCAACAGCCGGAAGAAACAAGGUUACUCUUAGGUAUCAUGGAUUGGUUAGAGUCAGUGAAAAAGGAUAAUAGCGAAAAUGAAGCCAUUAGUAAUGAGGUUGCUGCUCAGGCUCACAUGGAAAACUAUGCAUUAAAACUGUUUCUAUAUGCAGACAAGCAAGAUCGCGAAGGUAAUUUUGGAAAAAAUGUUGUAAAGGCAUUUUACUCAUGUGGCGUUAUAUACGACGUGCUACAAACAUUUGGCGAAUUAUCAGAAGAAGCUCUUCACAAUCGUAAAUAUGCAAAAUGGAAAGCAGCUUAUAUACACAAUUGCUUGAAGAACGGCGAAGUUCCAAUACCAGGUCCCAUGCAAGACCAAUCUGAAGACAAUGAUAUGAACGAAGCUAUGGAUGCAACGAAUGAAAGUCCCCAAGAUACAGAACCUCAAGACAACGCAAACACCGAUAGUAAUGAGUCCGAUAAACCAACAAUUGAGGAUAUAUUGAAUAAUCCAAGCAAGUUACCAAGUCCACCUGUAGAAGAAGAAAAACCCGGAGGUUUUGAACCUUUCGUACCACCACCACAGCCACAUCCAGUGUAUACAGUACCAGAGCCUGUUGCUAAUUUACAAAUCACUCCAGAUCAGAUGUUAAAAGCCCAAAAAUAUUGCAAAUACGCCAGUAGUGCUUUGAAUUACGAUGAUGUCAAAACUGCUAUAGAAAAUCUGCAAAAUGCUUUAACUCUUUUAACCACUGGGGUGGAUAAUUAGAAUUGUUCUAUGCGAUAAAUAUAAAACAUUAAACAUAAAAUAACAGCUUAAAUAAAUAUCGCCUGUUUUUAAUAUUUAAAUAUAUUGGAUACAAUUCUUUGUAGAGAAGUACAUUCAGGCAAAAUAUAAACAAUCCGUUGCUGUAAAAUGGACCUAUGAUUACACAAUUUGAAAGUGAAAUGAAAUACUAACAUACAUAUGUAUAUGUAUAAAUAUUUAUGUAUACACAUAUACAUAAUAUUAUAUUAAAUGCACUAUGAUUUUCUCUUAAUGAGAAUUACAUUUAAUAAAUGCCUAAGUUAAACUAAAACAACCCUUUAUUGUAAUUAACUUUGUUAAAACGCUUUAAAUAAAAUUGACACUUGAUUCAGAUACCCGACCGGAAAACAAUUUUAAAAUUUUUAUAUGAUAUCAUUCUGUUUUCAAAUAAUUUUUUAGUGUUUUUCAUAUAAAACUUUUAAAAUUAUUUUUCGGUCGUGUUCCUGUAUCAGACCUUUUGGUAUUAUAAAUAAUACAAAA